GCCCAAAGGGUAAGUCCUGCUGAACUGACCUGAACCUGCUGCUUUCCACAGACAAAGCAGGGGUGGGUGUCAGUGAAGAGCCUGGAGCACAGUGGAGUGGUUCCUGCAGCUGAACUACAGUGUGUGAAUCCAGUGGACACAGGACUUUCUGUGCCUUUUCAACACAGUCAUGGGUCAGCUCUUCUCCAGCACACCUAAGGAUGAAGACCAUGGAGAUUUGGAAUCCAGCUUCGCUGAAUAUUUUAAGAAUUAUAAGGAAGAAGGCAAAAUCAUUUCUGAAGAAACUGUCCGUUUAAUUGAGUUACACCUGAAACAAGGAAACAUUCAGGGGGCAAACUCUGCAAUCAGUGAUGCAUUAAAAAAUAUUGAUACUGUCCCAAUAAAUGUUGCUGUGACAGGAGAGUCUGGAGCAGGGAAGUCCAGCUUCAUCAAUGCCCUGAGGGGGGUUAAACACGGAGAGGAAGGUGCAGCUGAAACUGGGGUAACAGAGACAACCAUGGAGAUAACUCCAUACAAACACCCCAAAAUUAAAACUUUGACUUUAUGGGAUCUGCCUGGCAUUGGAACUAUGAAGUUUCCACCAAAAGAUUAUCUGGAAAAAGUAGAAUUCAAAAAGUAUGACUUCUUUGUUAUUGUUUCUGCCACACGAUUUACAAAACAUGAAGUGGACCUCGCCAAAGCCAUCAGACAUAUGGGAAAGAAUUACUACUUUGUGAGAACCAAGGUGGACUUUGAUCUAGAAAAUGAGAAGAUGUUCAAACCACGCACCUUUGACAGAGAAAAGACUCUGAACCAGAUCCGAAGCUCCUACCUGGAUGCCUUAAGAGGCAACAAGAUUGGUGAACCUCGGGUUUUCUUGAUUUCUAACCGUGAUUCAUCUGGCUAUGAUUUUCCAGGCCUGGUGGACAUCCUGGUAAAGGAGCUUCCUGCUCAAAAGCGCCACAAUUUUAUGCUUUCUGUGCCUAAUAUUACGGAGGCAGCCAUUCAAAGAAAAUACAACUCUGCUAAGCAGUUUAUCUGGUUGGAAGCCAUGAAGGAUGGAGUUGUGGCGACUAUUCCUGGACUGGGCAUCCUCAAGGACAAUGAUGUGGAGAAGCUGGAUGCAAGUUUAAGCCACUAUCGAGUCCUCUUUGGAGUGGACGACGAAUCCCUAGAGUCCAUGGCUAAGGACGCCCAAGUGCCUGUUGAACAACUGAAAAAAAACCUUAAAUCUCCUUAUUUGUUGGAAACUAAGAACGAAGAAACAUUAGGAGGAAAGCUUUUGAAAUAUUUGGAGAAUUUUGCCUCAGCUAAUGGUGGACUCCUUGCUACAGGUCUUUACUUUAGGAAAAGCUUUUACUUGCAGUUUCAUUUCCUUGACACAGUGGCUGCAGAUGCCAAAGUUCUCCUUAGGGAGGCAUAUUCAAAAAACUAGCUCAAACUCAACUCACCCACAGCUACUGAAAAUUACAGGACCAAAUGGUUAAUAUCGGAAGUCAUUAGACAAAUUCCCCCUUCUGAGGUCUUUCCUUUACACCAGCCAAUCAGUUGCCACCAUGGGAAAACCUGAGGAUUAGGGUCAUGAAUAUUAAUAUG